UUGGUACAAUAACAGCAAGCACCAACAGUAGUACGACAGCGGGUCCCAGUUUGGAGAGAUCUAUAAUGUUGUUGAGGCGCACAAAUCCGACAACAUGGCCCCACCCCUCAUCACCACCACCACCAUUUCCCUGCUCUUUUCCUUGCACUCUUUCUCUUCUUCCCUCAUACCCAAAACAACCCCAAGAAUUGCCCAACCUCUUCUCCGUUUCUCUUUUCUUGAUUUUCUUGGUAUUUUUUUCAGCCUAAAAGUUGAAUCUUUGAUGCGUACUGCGGUUGUUUCCGGCGGCGGAGGCUUGAAUUCAAUUGGGUCAAUGUCAACUUUGUCAAGUGAGGAGAAAAGCAUGGUGAUGUCGUCGGAGGAUUCUUCUUCUUACCCGGAUGAGCCCGAGUUGGAGUUGGGCCUUGGACUCAGUCUUGGUGGUGGAAAGGCUAAGCCUAGGCCGCCGCCGGCCAAGGCGGCCGCCGCAGGUUCGUGGGAUCAGUAUGCAAGAAUCUUGACUGCUAAAGAUUUCCCUUCGAUGGUUUCUACUAAAGCUUCUUCUUCUUCUUCUUCAUCAUCUUCCUCUCCUGCUGCUAAAGCUAAUAACAAUAAUGGCUCUUGUGGCACAAAGAGAACAGCUGAACCGUCUUCACCUCCGGGCCGUUCUGCAGUCAGCAGUCAGGUUGUUGGAUGGCCUCCUAUCAGAGCUUACAGAAUGAACAGCUUGGUAAACCAUGCAAAGUCACCAGCCAUGGAAGAAAGUGCCUCAGCCAUUGAUAAGAGUAAAGGCAUGAAUCUUGUGUUGGAUAAGACCAACUAUAGCAGCAACAGGAAUCACAAUGUUGCAAAGGAAAGAGGACUUGUGAAAACAUCUUUGUUUAUAAAGGUGAACAUGGACGGGAUCCCAAUUGGAAGAAAGGUAGAUCUGAGUGCUCAUAGCUGCUACGACAGUUUAGCUCAUACGCUGGAUCACAUGUUUAAACUCAGUGCAGCAGUUGGUGCAACACGAUCCAAGGCGGAGGAGGAAGUUAUCAUGGGUGGUAAAAGACGACCACCUAUAUUGUUGGACAGUUCGUCUGACUUCGUUCUCACUUAUGAAGACAAAGAAGGAGACUGGAUGCUUGUCGGAGAUGUUCCUUGGGAGAUGUUUCUGAGCUCAGUGAGGAGACUUCGAAUCAGGAGGACGGCUGAGGUCAAUGGACUUGGUCUCAUGAAAGGAACAGGAGACAGUUGAAAAUGCAUAUAAAUAAUAUUCCAAAUAUAUACUGAAACAACUCCUCCCUGGAGCAUGAAGCAUGGAAAAAUGAAGAUGCUAUAUAUUGCCAAUGAAUUUUGUCAAGGGAAAUAUCACUCAUGGUGCCCUCUACUUCACCUUUUUAUCUUGAAAGUAAUGUUAAUUUGACGCAUUUCCCCUACUUGGGGGGAGCACUUGUGUUAGCAUGACAGAAACGUUGUUGAUUUUUCUGUCAUAUAGGUAAGCAUCUGAGAGUUGCCUUUCGAUAAUGUUGUAAGUAUGGGAGUGUCUAGUUGUUGAGUUUUGGUUUUGCUGCAGCACAGACUGGUAAAUAUUCUUGUGUUAAUGAAAGAAAAUAUUUUUCUUCA